UCUUGCUAAAACAUUUUUUUAUCCACAGGGUGACACCAGCAGUGGAGUGUGACAGGAUCUGGUGCAGACACAGUGAGGCCCCCAAGUUCAGUCUUAUGUUGGGAAGAGGCCAGAGUCUGGGUGGCGGCGCUCUGCUGAGCGCGGGCUACCUGUCUGGGCAGAUGUCGCGCCCGCCCCCUCCACUGGCGAUCACCAGUGGUCAGUGCCAGGACAGGCCGGAGGCCAGUGACCUGAAGAGGAAGGACCGUCAUGGCAAUGGUGCCAGUGGUUCAGAUGCUGGAUCCGGCGGCGAUGCCAAACGAAAGAAGAAGCGGCGCUCGCGCUGGGAAUCUGACGAGAACGACAAGACGUUCAUCCCCGGCAUGCCGACAACCCUGCCAACCAACCUAGAUAAGAGUCAGGAGCAGGCCUACCUGCUUCAGCUCCAAAUAGAGGACUGUAGCCGGAGACUUCGCUCCGGGGACCUGGGCAUCCCGUCUAACCCGGAGCAGAGGUCCCCCUCGCCGGAGCCAGUGUACGGGGCGAACGGAAAGCGGCUCAACACGCGCGAGUACCGCACGCGACGCCGCCUGGAGGAGGAGCGACACAAACUCGUCCAGAAGAUGCUGCAGAUCAACGCCGAGUACAAGCCGCCGGCUGGCUACAAGCCGUCCAACAGUAAGGUGACGGAGAAGAUCGCCAUCCCGCAGGACGAGCACCCCGACAUCAACUUUGUCGGCCUGCUCAUCGGCCCCCGCGGCAACACACUUAGAGCACUGGAGCAGGAGACGGGUGCCCGGAUCGUGAUCCGCGGCAAGGGCUCCGUCAAGGAGGGCAAGGUGGGCCGCCGAGACGGCCUGCCGAUGCCGGGCGAGGACGAGCCGCUGCACGCGCUCGUCUCCUCGCUCAGCCCCGAGUGUGUGGAGCGAGCCGUGGCGCGCAUCAGCGAGAUCAUCCGCCAGGCCGUGGAGCUGCCCGACGGAGAGAACGACCUGCGGCGCAGCCAGCUGCGCGAGCUGGCCCUCCUGAACGGCACGCUCCGCGACCAGGACGGGCAGCGCUGCAUCAACUGCGGCGCCGACAACCACAAGACCUGGCAGUGUCAGGACAAGCCGAACGUCACGAACAACAUCGUCUGCACGAGCUGCGGGUCGGCCGGACACGUGUCGCGGGACUGCCGGCAGCAGCGCUGCGGGCUCGGCCUCGCCGGAGGAGAGGAGCAGACCCAGGAGAGCGCUCCGGACCCCGGCGCUCGCGCCCGGAUCGACGAGGAGUACCUCUGUCUGAUGGCGGAGCUGGGUGAGGCCGGGCCGCCGCCGGGACGCGCUGGCGGUGCGGCGCCGUUUGGUGGUCGGCCGGGUGCCGGCGGUGGGGGGCAGAGGUGGCCCGGCCCGCCACCGGCACGAACUCUGCUGAACCAGCCACCGCCGCCGCCGCCGCCGCCCAUGUCCGUGCCGCCACCCAACGGACGGCCGCCGGUCUGGGCCGAUCCGGCCAGCUCUCAGGCGCCGCCGCCGCCGUUCCAGCAGGCACCGCCGCCGCCGUUCCAGCAGGGACCCCCGCCGGCUGUCCGACAGGCACCGCCGCCGGCCUUCCAUCAGGGACUCCCACCACCCGUCCAGCAGGGACCUCCACCGGCACUCCAUCAGGGGCCGCCACCUUCGGGCCACCAGGGGCCGCCGCCGACCGGCGCCGCUCGACCGGACCUCUCCGCGCCCCCGGGUGGAUUCCGGGCCCCGCUGCCGGGUCUCUCCCAGUCCGGAGACACGUCUGUCAGACCGUCCCAGCCCGCCAGCAGUGGCAGUGACAGUGUAUGGCAGUCGCCCUGGCAGCAGGGACUGCCGCCGCUGCCGGUGCGGACGAGCGCGGCGCCGGGCGCGCGGCCGCUCGGCCCGCCGCCGACGGCCGGCCUACCGCCGUGGCAGCCGCACUUUGGCGUGCCGUCGCUGCACCUUGGGCCGCUGGGUGGUCGGACAAUGGACGGUCCAGGUCUGCCGGACCUGCUGGCGGCACCGCCACCGCCGCCGCCAAACUAGUUCGGGAGGAGUCGUGCUGCAUAGUCAACUAUCGAGAGCUCAGUGACAUAUUGUGCUCGGUAGGAUUGGGAUGGAGCCGUCAGAGUGCUAGUCGCAGGGAGACGAGCUGUAUGGUAUCGCAGCAUUGAUAUCAAGACGGAACAGUCGCAGUGAGUGUUAUCAUUUGAUUGUCAAAAGACGUUGGCUGUCAGGAACCGUACCAGAAGGAGCAUCCGACGUAUCGGCUGCUCGACUGAGUGGCAUAUCUGUUUGACAGGAAGUUUGAGUAGCGCUCCACCCAAAAGAGCCGAGUUUGAGUGGAAGUUUGAGUGAUAUACGAGCAGGGUUUUUAUGUUUUCCGGCUGAAGUGUCUGAACGCCGCGCCGUAUGAAGUGUGCGAAAUGCGAGUUGAGUGGUCCGGAAACGGCUGCGCGGGUCAGGAUAUGAAACUGCGCUGGAAGAGGAACUGAGCUCGGUUGGAACUAAAUCUCAGACCACGUGCAUCUAACUAUGAGUUCCGGUGCUCUGAUAAUCCAGGCCUAUUCUGAGAAGCACCGUGUAUUUCUGAAAAAUACCGUGGAACUCCAAGGGGCGCUGCUGAAUUCCCAAGUGCACUGUGGUGCCCUCGUGUCUCGGCUUGAGGCACAAUGCGGUGAUCCGUGGUGUUUCAAGACACACUGCUGUACUGCGAGGUGAUACGCGGUGAUCCAAUGCGCGAUCACUGGAGUCCACGAAGGCUCCGUGGUUCUGCAGGUCAUCUGGGAUAUCUCGACACGGUCCACCAUCGGGAUUCCAUCAGGUCAGUCCAAGGCGUUCCUUUCGGGCCUCUAUGGGUGUUCACGAGUUACCCGUUUCCCGCGGGUUACCCAUGUUUCCUGGGUAGAGUGGGUAGGGGCGUGGGUAGCGACAUGCAACUCCAAUUUGAACCCGUGUUCUGAUGAAUUUUGUCAAGUCGCUCGUUGCGUAAGCAAUAAGCAUUACGCACUACGGGGUGCGGCUGUUGGUGUUGUCCCGGUGGUUUUUGGCUGCUGCACAUGCGUGUUGUGUGUUAGAAUGAGUGGUGAGUCCUACAAACCGAACGGCUGGAUGCGAAGUAAUGCUGGACUGCACAUGUUUCAGCUAGGAUGUUUGGCUGAUCUCGGGUAGAUUUUUGGCACAAAGGGACGGUUUACCGCGCUGCGUCCAGGACUAGGUCUCCAUGUUUGAAUGCAUUGGCACGCAUGAACAACUUGUCAAUACAUUGCUGACCCGCCA